AGACAGGCAUGGGAGAGGCACAGGGUCCUCUUGGUGAUGGGCAGGGCCUGGCAUGCACGCAGAAAGGCUUGACUGCAACCCAGAUGCCCACUCCUGGCAAAUAUAGAAGUCACGCAGCAUCAGGGACCCCAAUCCUCCUCGCGCGCUGUCGACACUCUACAUGUAAUUACUGUGCCAACUACGUCAAGAGCGCAUAUCAGGGUCCCUUAUAUCAAUCACCCGGUGCCCUUCCUUACCCUCGAUCUGGGCUGGACCUCGAUCUUGGCUUUUCUUCCCAUCCACCACCUCAGUCAAUGUUCAAGACAAUUGUGUUGUUGACACAACUUGACAGACACAAGACACACAGUCACCAGACCACAGCACCUACACACACACAACCACAAUGGCCACCAAGCAUCGUCUCAGGCGCUCCUGCGCCUUCUGCCGUGCCCGCAAGAUUAAGUGCUCCAACGAGACAAUUUGCGAGGCGUGCCGCAGGCAAGGCGCUGACUGCAUCUACGACUUUGAGCCGCCCCGGCCCAAGGCUCGUGGCAGCAUGGACACCACACGCUCCGAGUCCAUUCCCAGCCUUCGUCACGACCUCUCGCCUCUCAUGGGCCGGCAGCGAUCCAACACGGGCAGCUCAAUCAAGGGGAGCCCCAUUAUGGGAGGCGGUCUCGUAGAAGAGCCAUUGACCUCCGAGGAUGGCGACAAUGUGGCCUCCAUUCUUGACCUCGCCUUCUUUGACAACUUCACGGCCAAUGCGCCGGCACGCACAUCCCACCCUCACCCUGACGGCAUGGUCAGCCAGUACGGCGACUCGGCCAAGUUCUCCAGCAUCCUCUCCCUGCUGAGCCAUGACCUCGUGGGGCUGUCCGCCAACCAGAUGGGCUCGCUCGGCUGCUCUCACGUCGAGGACGGCAACGCAUCGUUUUUUCUAUCUGGGCUCGACAAAGACGAGACGCCCACCAUGUUCGACAGCACGCCGCCGCCUGCCACCAACCCCGUCACAGAGUACGGGCAGCGCCAGCAGACGCAACUCAUCGACGUCUGGUACUCCUCCCACCCUCUAUCCUUCCUAGUCUCCAAGACGCUCCUCCUCAGGGAGCUCCGUGAUGGCACCCACGAUGAGGUACUCCUAGCCGUCAUGCUCGCCGAGGCCAACUUUACCAUUGGUGGCGAGGCCGCCAACACCCGUGGUCGGGCCCUGCUCCAGCAUGCGCAGGCGCAGCUGCACACCCGCCCAUUCCAGACCACGCAGAACACUGGCAUCGUCACCGACUCGGGCACCGUUGUCUACAGUGGCAUUUCGACACGAAUUUUCAGCGGCAUCUCCACGGCGCAAGCUCUCAUGUUGCUCGGGUGGCACGCCAUGACCGAGUCGCAGUUCCGAAGGGCCAUCACAUACAUCCAGCUGGCUGGACGCAUGGCUAGUGACCUCAAGGAGCAGCUCGUGGCCACAGACGGCAUGCAGCUCUCGAGCCGCAUCAAUGGCAUUGACGUCUACGACGUGGAGAAGGAGCUGAUUGACUACCUGUACUGGACCACCUACACCCUCACUCUAUGGGUCUACGUUCAGACUGGCCGCGGCUACUUUGCUUCUCAGUCGCCCACGGUCCUCACCAGCAUCUUCCUGCCCGCCACCGAAGACGCGUCCUCAGCCAUUCAGCUUGACCUCAUCUCUGAGAACGUCAACACUCUCCAGAAGCAGAAGCUCACCAUCAAGGAGAUGUGGCCCCUCGCCCACAUUGGUAUUGCCGUCGCCCACGCCUGCGGCUUCCACCCUCUUCAGCAUGGUGUCCCCGCCGCCAAUGUCAUGCAACGCUGCCGGGAUACAAACAGGUUCCUCGUGGACACCACGCGCGACCUGAACAAGAAGGGCAACAACAUGUCCUCGACGGCCAUGGUCCUCACCAUCUACCACACCCUCGCCGUCCAGUACCUUUUCCCCAACCUGGCAGGCCAGGAGAUUGCGCGGCCCGACAUCGUCGAGCGCAUGUGCUACUCCAUCGAGGAGGUCCUCCAGGUGUUUGGCGUCGUCUCGGUCCAGCCCAAGGACGCCCUCAGCAUGACACCUUCGCUGCAGGCCUCCCUCCCCGCCGUCUUCGGGAUGGCUCUCGACACCUGCUCGCGUGCGCUGCGCGCGCUGCGUGGAAAGCGCCAGUCCAGUGGCAUCGUCACCGACUUUCCCUCGGCGCAGGUGUACGCGCCCACCAUCCAGACCAUGGCCUCUCGCCUCUACCACAUGAGCAAGAGUGACUUUCUCCACCAGUCCAGCAGUCUCCGCAUGAUCCGCAAGCAGCUCAAGGGAUCGUCUCGCAAUCACAUUUCAUCCCGAGCUUCAGUAUCGGGCAGUGAGUCUGACGGCUCCCUGACCAUGUCGCCGUCGAGCGACGACCUGUCCACCGCGACCACGCCUGAGAUGGACGGACAGGCUGGCUUCGUCUCGCCCAAGGACAUGACGACGAUGCCAUCGCCCAAGAUGAUGCACCAGCCCUCCUUUGAUGCCGGGCCACAGCCUCACAUGGUGCCGCCGAAACAGCAAGCCUGGCCCCCCGUCAUGGAGACCACCGCCGCUCCCCACGAGCUGAUGUACAACGCCAUGGACACCAAUGCGCUCGGCAUCCAGUCGCGCGAGGACCUGAGCCUCUCGGGGAUGGUUGAUCUCCAGCACGCCUGGCUGCCUCAGAUGCCUCCCCUGACGGAGGCGGACAUGAACAACUUCCAGUGGGACUGGAACGCGCAGAGCCUCAAGCAGGAGCCUACGAUUGCACCGACUGCUGUGUGGUCUGACAUGGAUAUGGUGCUGUGAGCAGUUCGCUUCCAUGGUCUUUCCAUCUUGGCUGGCUUGUCGAUCCCUCUUACGAUUUAAUACAGGGGUCUUUUGAUACCAUCUUCUUCGAUUUCACUUGAUACAUUUUCAAGAUUUUCUUCUUCCUUUCUUCUUCUUUUUUACAAGACUCCAGCCACUGGUUUAGACAAAGAACGGGCUGAUGGGAUUUUCUUUUGGCGUAUGGAUUACUGAAUCACGUCCCAAAGAGUAGGACACACUGUAUGAUUGGGAACAACGACUGGUAAUGAUAUCCAUGGGGCGCAACGGAUGGGAUUGACGGGAAGACGUGAUUAGGAUUUCACGAUCUAUUCGUUAUUGGGUUUACUUUUACGGGCACGCAAAUGCGGAAUACACAAGCGCUCUGGAAGCGCUCUUUUCUUGACCAUACAAGUCCUCUGCAU